UACAAAACGUUAUGGAGCAAAACUGGAAAUGUAUUUGAAACAAAAUAUAAUAUUCUAAGUGGAUUAAACCUAAACCGACAUUAAAUUUCAUACAACAAACUGUAACUGCUCUACAUAUUUAUAUUUGACAACUUGCCAAAGGUCAACAGCCCACAUGUGCGAAUCAAUGGAACAGCAAGCAGUACGAAGCGUGGUAGCAAAACAAUAAAAGAAGAGCACAUAAGUAACCGGCAUAAACGACGACUAAAUGAAUGAUAAGCCCCGCGAAUAUCAUUCUAAUAAACUCGGCACUCCUCUAACGUUUAAUCAAUUAGCCGGACACACCACAGGCACCGUGGCAUCAAAAGCUAGGUCGUUUGCACAGUUAGUUUUUGACCGUUGAACGUGGCGUGCGCUAAGCAGUCGUUCUUAACACCACCAUGCCUUCCGAUGACCUACAGUCGCCAACGAGCGAAAUGGUGCUGCUUACACCAAGUGGAGAAAAUGCACCCAAGAUAACGAGCGCCACUCCUGCGGAAAAGGAGCGAGAGGGAUCGGCAGAGUCGAACACAAGUCGCGUUGCAAUGAAAAAGCAGCUGGGACUUCUCGAGGGUGUGGCCAUUAUACUGGGCAUCAUCUUUGGCUCUGGCAUAUUUGUAUCCCCCAAAGGUGUUAUACGCGAGGUGGAGGCCGUGGGUACGUCGCUCAUAAUUUGGGUGCUCUGCGGCCUGCUCUCAAUGAUUGGCGCACUAUGCUAUGCCGAAUUGGGCACAGCCAUACCCAAGUCUGGUGGAGAUUACGCGUAUAUAUACGAAGCUUAUGGUUCACUACCAGCAUUUCUCUAUCUGUGGGACGCAAUGAUGAUAUUUGUACCAACAACAAAUGCCAUCAUGGGCCUGACGUUUGCCUCCUAUGUGCUGCAGCCCUUCUUCAAUGAUGGCUGUGAGAUACCAAAGAUUGCAUUGCAGCUGUUGGCAGCUGUAACCAUUUGUUUCCUAACUUACCUCAACUCCUACUACAUGAAAAUUACUACCAAAAUGCAGAAUGUUAUCAUGUUUACCAAAAUUGCAGCACUAGUGCUGAUAAUAAUUGUUGGCUCCGUUUAUAUGCUGAUGGGCAACAUGGAGAACUUCCAGCAACCGUUCGAGAACUCUGAAACUGAUCCUGGCAAGCUGUCAGUUGCAUUUUACUCUGGCAUCUUUUCGUAUGCCGGCUGGAAUUAUUUGAACUUUAUGACAGAAGAGCUGCGGGAUCCGUAUCGUAAUUUACCACGUGCCAUAUAUAUAUCGCUGCCUUUGGUGACAGGCAUUUAUGUGCUGGCCAACAUGGCCUAUCUGGCAGUGCUGUCCGCACCUGAGAUGAUUGCGUCAAAUGCCAUUGCUGUUACUUUUGGUAACAAGAUAAUGGGCAGCUUUGCUCACAUUAUUCCCAUCAUGGUGGCCAUUUCAGCGCUUGGAGCGCUCUCUGUGCAUAUAAUGACAUCCUCGCGUAUGUGUUUUGUGGGUGCUCGUAACGGUCAUAUGCCGUCUAUACUCUCGCACAUAAGUGUUAAGAGCUACACGCCGCUGCCCUCGUUGGCUUUUCUGUGCCUGCUCUCCAUAAUAAUGCUGGUUGUUAGCGAUGUUUAUGUGCUGAUCACUUAUAGCAGCAUCGUGGAAUCGUUUUUCAUAAUGCUGUCGGUGUCGGCGGUUUUGUAUUUCCGCUACAAACGCCCCAAUAUGGAGCGUCCAAUUAAAGUCUCGUUGUGGGUACCCAUUGUGUUUGUCAUAGUUGCCGCCUUUCUUGUGGUCAUUCCCGUCUAUGUGGCUCCAUUUGAAGUCGCCAUGGGCCUAUUAAUCACACUAAUUGGCAUACCAUUCUACUACGUUGGCGUCGUAUGGCAGAACAAACCAAAAUGGGUGCAGCAAACCAUUAAUUGGAUUACGUUUACAUGCCAAAAACUUUUUAUGUCCGCUCGAGAGGAGAAACGCGAUUAAGUGAAACGCUCAGCGCUGCACUGAAGUCAAUGGUACUAGACUUACUUACACACACACAUAAACAUCCACAUACAUACAGACCCAAAGAUUGACUAUAAGAGCAAAGACUUCGAAUACUAACUUUAUUUUUAUAAAUAUUUUUAUUUUCCUUAAGUU